AUGCAUCCGGAAAUUGAAGCACUCAAGCGACGUAAUCGCGCCGCGGGAAAACGGCUGGUGCCUAUUGAACCUGAUCAUACCAACAGGCAAUCGCGUUCCACUUCCUGCAGUGUGAGGCGUAAUGGUUCCAUUUCUUCACUUACCGCUCGAACCCCUCAAAGUCUCGAACAAUCUGCUGAGCGAGUUCAUGAGGAACGCAGACAAGUUAGCAGUUUAACAUCGCGGUUUACAGCAACAGCACCCAUUUCCGUCAACAAAUCGUAUAACAAUAGGAAUGAUGGAAUGUACACGGUGGCUAAUGGCCGUAUGGGGCAGAAACCUCAGUUAUCCAUUCCAAGAGUACCAGCAAGGCCACCUGUGGGUGUUCGUGGUAAAACUCGCAAUAAUUUAGGAAGUUUUGUUAGAACCCCGACCAAUGGAGAAGAUCCCGUUGCGUGUGUGAGUGGCCCCGCUGUGGCAAAUGUGUCGAAGGUUGGAAAUAAAAUAUCUCCGGAAAUGUGUCACAUGCCAUCUAGUGGGGGCCUCUCCAGUACUUCUGUGCACCCAGCGGAAAAAGACGUAAUUGAAGAAGAGUACCGACAACACGUGGAAGAAAGCUUAAAUGACGGAGAUGAGGUAUCUUCUCUUGGGGGCCAUCUCGCCAAGCAUGAGUUUAAGUCUGUACCAGAUCAUAUUCGUAGGAUGCUGGAAGGAGAUAGAAUAGAAGAACCGUAUACAACAAAGCUUUGGGAACAGAUAAAUACGGACGAGGGGCGACGAACUAAUGGCUAUUACGAAUGCAUCCGCUGCGGUAUGCCUUUGGUGUCACCUAAGCACCAAAUACGUUUUUUCACGCGCGGUAUUGCAGCGUUUUCGCUUAUGCAUUGGGACGGCGUGGAGGUGCGUGUUGGAGGCGUUGCUUCUUCAAACAACAAAUCGAAGAGUCGCGGCACCUCAGAGGCACUUCAGUUGCAGGUGCGUUGUAAAUGUUGCUCAGGUUUUGUUGGCAUUCUUGUGCCCGAUCCAGAAGGGGAACCCCGCAAUAUAUUUGUUGUGAACAGUUGCUGUUUGAGUUACGUGAAGGAUAAAACAACACGGUGUAAACUCAGUAAACCGUGUGGUGCUCACGGAGAUGACGGUGAUGGAAGCGGAAUGAAGCGAUUAAAUAGCCGAAACAGCAGGGCCUCUGAAGGUGACGUAGAGAUAGAUUUCAAUGACCCAGAUAUAUUCGAGAUUGAUUAA